UUAAUGAUUAGAUCGAGCUCAUAACAGUUCAGAUCGUGUUCGUUGUUAAAGCAAAAUUAUAAGUAACAAAGAAAAAAAUCUUUUAUACAUUUUACUUUAAAGCUUUGAUGCUAAACUAAAUCGUUUUUAAAUUAGAAAAAACCAGUAAACAAUAAUCCAGUAUGGGUGAUGAAGGCGGUGGCGGCGGACAUGGAAAGGGAGAUCUUAAGUCCUUUCUUAUGGACUUUAUGAUGGGCGGCGUUUCAGCUGCUAUUGCCAAGACAGCGGUGGCGCCCAUCGAGCGUGUGAAACUUAUCCUGCAGGUACAGGAGGUGUCCAAGCAGAUUGCAGCGGAUCAGCGAUACAAGGGCAUAGUCGAUUGCUUCAUUCGUAUUCCCAAAGAGCAGGGCUUCUCGUCCUUCUGGCGCGGUAACUUGGCCAACGUAAUACGUUACUUUCCCACGCAAGCUCUGAACUUUGCCUUCAAGGAUGUCUACAAAUCGGUCUUUCUUGGCGGUGUAGACAAGCAUAAACAGUUUUGGCGACAUUUUGCUGGAAACUUGGCCUCUGGCGGUGCUGCUGGUGCCACAUCUCUGUGCUUCGUUUAUCCACUGGACUUUGCCAGAACCCGUUUGGCCGCCGACGUGGGCAAGGGUGGCAAUCGGGAGUUCACCGGUCUGAUCGAUUGCCUGAUGAAGGUGAUCAAAAGUGAUGGUCCCAUUGGCCUGUACCGAGGAUUCAUCGUAUCGGUGCAGGGCAUCAUCAUUUAUCGUGCUGCCUACUUUGGAUUCUAUGACACGUGCCGUGACUUUCUGCCAAAUCCCAAGAGCACACCCUUCUACGUGAGCUGGGCGAUUGCUCAAGUGGUGACCACCGUGGCCGGUAUUGCUUCCUAUCCCUUUGACACUGUGCGUCGUCGCAUGAUGAUGCAGUCCGGUCUGAAGAAGUCCGAGAUGGUGUACAAAAACACGGCUCAUUGCUGGAUGGUGAUUGCCAAGCAGGAGGGUAUCGGUGCCUUUUUCAAGGGCGCACUAUCGAAUAUCAUUCGCGGCACAGGCGGCGCCUUGGUACUCGCCAUUUACGACGAGAUGAAGAAGUACUUUUAGCCCCGACGGACAGCUGUUUGUGGUAGGCCCAUUUGGCCACCGCCAUCAGCCUCACCAAAUGGCACAACACGAGGUUGCGGCAACAGAAAAUUAAACCAUCAAUACACCGGCUUCAUCAAUUCAUAGAAGAGGACUGGGAACCCGAUAAAUUAUAUUUUGAUUUGAUCGACGGCAGGAUAGCUGCCCCCUGUCCAUCAUCUCAAGUGUUUUUUUUUUCGCAUUAGUUGAGAAAAUACAAAUAAUUUAUUGAACUUAAA